UCAGGGUCAUGUGCAGGGAGGGGAGGGGAGCAGUUCCACGUCAUGAUCCUGCCUGCGUGCGUGGGGAUCGAUGAUGGAAAAACAAAAAAUAAGUGCACUGGGAGAUCAGUUUGCACGAGUGCACUCUAGAGUUAUAACCUUUUUCUGCCCUCGAGAAGCCUCUCCCUUCUCCACCUCUAGCCCACAGGCCAAAUCUCUCCGUCUCUGAUUUCCUGCUCCGUUCGUCGUCUUCUUCCUUUGGGGAGGAGGAGGAAGCAUGGGCAACGAGUUCGACUACCUGUUCAAGCUCCUCUUGAUAGGCGACUCCUCGGUCGGCAAGUCCUGCUUCCUCCUCCGUUUCUCCGACGAUUCGUAUGUGGACAGCUACAUUAGCACCAUCGGCGUUGACUUUAAAAUCCGCACUCUCGAGAUGGAUGGGAAGACCAUCAAAUUGCAGAUUUGGGACACAGCAGGGCAGGAGCGGUUCAGAACCAUCACAAGCAGCUACUACCGAGGAGCUCACGGGAUCAUCAUUGUCUAUGACAUCACGGACAUGGAGAGCUUCAACAAUGUCAAGCAAUGGCUGAGCGAGAUCGACAAGUACGCUAACGACAGUGUGCGCAAGCUACUUGUCGGUAACAAGUGUGAUCUGGCUGAGAGCAGGGUCGUCGAUACUGCCGUAGCACAGGCAUAUGCUGAUGAGAUGGGUAUUCCUUUCCUAGAAACAAGUGCUAAAGAGUCCAUCAAUGUCGAAGAGGCCUUUCUGGCAAUGUCUGCAGCAAUCAAGAAGAGCAAAGCUGGAGGCCUGGAGAGGAAGGCAUCCAAUCUGGUCCAGAUGAAAGGCCAGCCAAUUCAGAAGCAGCAGCACAAGCAGAAGAGCAGCUGCUGUUCAACAUGACUCAAGAUCGGACUCGAGGGAGGGUAAAGCAUCCCAGCGGCACAGCUACCUUCCAGGAAUCAGGAUGAAAAUGGCAUCUGCCAAAUGUGAACCUCUUUCUUCCUUGCCUUUCGGAACACUUUUUUAGCUAGCUGCAAACUGUAUCAGUAAGCGAGUUCGCAUGUUCGUAUCGAUCUUUCAGUGGAGCAACAUAUGUCGAAAUCAUGUCAGGAAACUCUGUGAUUUCGAUGGUUCUCUAAUCAGCACAGCAACCAGAGUUAUAACAUGUCAGCCA